AUGCAUCCUGGAACUAAGCGCUUGGUGAAGUACACGGACACUCCACGCCCAGAGCGUGUUCAAACGCUUAUGCGCCGGAUAUAUCAUUUGCUAUCCAGGGGGGGAGGGUCAAAGCACUGUCGCUUGGUCGUCUCCAACAUCACCCACAGCCUUACAUGCACAUACGAUCAUCAGAGAAAACUUUCCUUGAGGUUGCCGACGACUCCAACGUGCUUAUCCUCCUCUUCCUUUCUUACCUUGGGCUGUCUCGGUAACAGCCCGCGCCGCAUACCAGAGUUGGCCAGUACAUUCAGGAUCCGUCAAGGCUACCCCAAUUCGAUUACAAGGUUAGACUGCAUCCGAAGCGGUAACGAGGGUGGGCGGGCUUAA